AUGGAGCCCAGAGGCAAGACCACCACCACAUUUUCCAUGCGCUUCAUGUGCCAGAACUGCGGGCAGCCCCUGAGACUCCGGGAGCCCCCUGAGACUCCAGAAGCAGCCCAGAAGGGUGGCAGUUUGUCCACGGAAUCCAGCGAUGGUGGAGAGCUCCAGGCCAGCACCUCCAGAAGCUCCCCUGCUGGCGUCGAUGGGGAAGUCAGGACAAGUCCUAUGCAGUUCACGCUGCUCGGGAAUUCUGUCUCCAUAAGAACUCUCAGCAGCAUCCAGAAGACCAUUGUGGACAUGUCCGCCAUCCUCUCAGGCAGGAAAAUUGUGAAGGACCCUCUCUGUGAGGAGUGCACUGACCAUCUUUUAGAGCAACUGGACACUCAGCUCUCUCAGGCGGAGCUGGAUUGUCAGGCCUACAGACAUGUCCUGAAGACUGAGGUGAUGGCUGAGGAGGAGAGGAAGGCUCUGGACACCCGGCUGCAGGCAGAGCUGCGGGACCUGGAGCUGGUGGAGGCGAGGCUGACUGAAGACCUGGAGGACAGAGAGGAGGCCUGGGCACAAGCCGCAGCCGAUCUCAGGGAGUCCCAGGCAGAGACUGCAGAGCUGCACCAGCGCAACGCGCAGUACCGGAAGGAAUACUGCGCGCUGGAGUGGCAACGGCUCGAACUGACAGACCAGCUCAUCAGUGUGGAAAACCAGCUGAGGCAUGCCCAGGGCCAGCUGCACAAGCUGAGCACAAACAACAUCUUCGACCUCACCUUCAAGAUCUGGGUGGAGGGCCCCAUGGGCGUCAUCAAUAACUUCAGAUUGGGCUACCUCCCCCAGGUCCCCGUGAGCUGGACAGAGAUCAAUGCUGCUUUGGGACAGACAGCCUUGCUGCUCCUCGCCCUCGCCAAUACCAUUGGACUCAAGUUUCAGAGAUACCAACUCGUUGCCGGUGGAAACCACUCCUAUCUGAAGUCGUUGACAGAUGACUCUGUCUGGCUGCCGUUGUUCUCUGAUGGGAAGCAGAAUGUUUUCUUGGAAAACAAAUUUGACCGUGCAAUGAUGGCUUUCCUGGAUUGCAUGCAACAGUUCAAGGAAGAGGCCGAGAAGAGGAAGGAGGGCUUCUACCUGCCCUACAGCAUGUACCCCGAGCUAGGCACCAUAGAGGAUGCCAGCGGCAGUGGGGAGUGGUACUCCAUCCGGACUCACCUCAACACCGUGGAAGAGUGGACAAAGGCCCUCAAGUUCUUGCUUGUCAAUUUAAAGUGGAGCCUUUCUUGGGCCUCAGAAAGGUAUAGUCAAAAAUAG